GGUCUGUUGUCACAGAUCUUAUGGAAUCUGCUGUUUCACAGUCGAUUACUCCAGGAACAUUACAAAGAGCUCCUCCGUUCAUACAGAACAUUUGAGAUGAAUCAAAGUCAAGCACCAGCUCUACAAGGGCAACGUUUUGUUAAAGAAGACACAAGAGUUUGCUGGUGAGAAAUGGAUGCUGAGUAAAGAGGAUGGUUUAGAUAGACAAACUAGCUGAAAGAACUCCAAAGGACAGAAAAAAACAAAAUAAGGAGAGAAUAAAUCAUGUAUCCGAGCACGGACGAGUACAGUACGGACGGUUCUGGUGUGCAGGACAAGGGACCUCAGAUCAGUGGACUGGUGGUUCAGAUCAUGGAGGUGAUGCCGGUCGUGCUUGCACGGAUCAGACAGAAGCUUCUGGAGAUGGCUAUUGUGAUCUGUGUUAUUCUGCUGGUGUUCUGGGUGGCUUUAUUUCUCUACGGCAGUUUCUAUUACUCCUUCAUGCCCACGGCCAAUUACAUCACACCCGUCCACUUCACCUACAGGACAGAUUGUUCCACCCCUCACCAUGCCAUGUGCUCUUUUCCUGUUGCUAACGUCUCUCUUUUGAAGAAUGGAAAACAUGAGGUGAUGACAUACAGUCAGCCCUAUCAGAUCACACUGGAGCUCGAGAUGCCCGAGUCUCCAUCCAAUCAGCAGCUGGGAAUGUUCCUUGUCAAAAUGUCUCUCUAUUCAAAAACCGGUCAGAUUAUUGAUGUAUCUGCACGUUCUGCGAUGCUCCAUUAUCGCUCGUCUCUGCUUAAGGCUCUGGACACCUUGAUGUUUUCCCCGAUGUUGUUAAGCAGAGUGUCCGAACAGAAGCAGUCAGUCAUGGUGGAGCUGUACUCAGAGUUCAGAGAUGAUUCUUAUAAACCCACUGCCGGCGCUGUUAUUGAGAUCCAUUCCCAGCAUAUUCAAAUCUACAGGGCAAAUCUCUACAUCUUCGCCCACUUCACAGGAAUCAGGUACCUGCUGUAUCAUUUCCCCCUGACGUCAACUCUGAUCGGGGUGAUGAGUAACUUCGCCUUCCUCAGUUUGAUCAUCGGACUCAGCUACCUACAGUUCUGUCUGGGUGAUCGAAGGUCAUCUGGGGAGGAGGAAAUACAAGAGGCUGAUUUUGAGUUUGACAUGGAUCAACAUGACAGGAAAGAACGAGAGGAAUUUAAUGAUCAUUCAGAACCUCAGCAUGAAGGAAUAAGCAAAGUCAUUACGAAAUCUAUGUUGGAUUCCCCCAUUACGAUGGGAAAUAAAGACACCGCGGAUAGCAAUUCGGACGAGAUGGAAGAAUCCAUUCCAGACAUGGGGGUGGAUGGGAGCGAACAUGUGGAGGAUGAACACAUCUGUACGUUGGAGGAAGGGGAAAUGAUUUUGAGACAAAGAAAUUUGUCAGCCAUGAUGUUUCAAACAUCUCAGGCAUUAACAGACACUGGAGAUAAAAACUUGAAUGGUAUCGGUGCCUGUUUGAGCUCUUGAUGCCAAAGAAAUGUAACUGUCUGCCAAAUAAGGGUAAAGGUUAUGAAGAGCAAAGGCCACCUGGUCUUCUGACUUAAGCGUUUCGGCUUUAUUUAAGAGUUUCUUCUUUUUUUAACAUGCACAUUUUGCCAAAACCGAGUAUAAUGUUUGUAUAUUAAUUCGAAAUUGAUCAGGAAAAGCUCUCAUGAAUAUUUUUCCAACAUGUUCACCAGUUUAGCGUUUUUCUCCCUAGUUUUGAAAGGGUGAUAUUUAUUCAACCGGUCAACCUUUACUUUAUUGCUAAAUAUAAUAUUAAGUGUAUAGCUUCAUUGUUUUUCUCGAUAGUAAAUAGCCUUGAGGAAAAAUGCUAUUUGGUUGUGGUUUAUGUUUGGAAAGUAACACAUGAAUUUGCAUUUAUUUCCAUGUGUGCCUCUUUGGAAAACACAUAUUGCAUCACAGAAAGAUAUCCACUGGCGCUGUUACAAUUCAUUUUAAUGCCACCAAAUUUUAAUUUUUACAUUUACAGUUUUUCUUCAGUGUGUUUAUAUGUUCGCCCUCUCUUGGGAGUCCUUUUUUCCUGUUUGUGCAGUUAUUCUGUCCUUACUUGCAAUAAUAUGUGGCUGUCUUAUGUAUUUUUUAAUAAAAAGAUUAACGCUG